AUGAAUCGGACGUUGGUCGAGAGUGCGCGGUGCAUGAUCGAACACGCGGGACUAUCCAAGCGCUACUGGGGUGAAGCGUUGACGACGGCAGCGUUUCUGCGGAACCGAUGCCCGACGCUUGCGACUGGCAACGACAAGUCGCCACACGAAGCAUGGACGCAGAAGGAGCCGUUGUUGAAAAACCUCAAGGUCUUUGGGUGUCACGCAUAUGUGCACAUACCAAGGGAGAAGCGGUCGAAGCUUGACGCAAGGUCAGUGUUGUGUCUUUUUUUGGGCUACUCGGACCAUGAGAAAGCGUAUCGGUUCGAGGAGCUGUCGAGCAGCCGGAUCGUGGUGAGUCGCGACGCGCAGUUCAUGGAAUACACGUUCGACAGCGGCAAGCGCGGCCAAGUCGGAAGCAGCACGUCAGUCAAGAUUGCAGAUGUCGACGAAGCGACCGACGGUGCAGACAGAGAUGACUACAGAAACCAAGACGAGGACGACGGCAUGACUGAGCAACCAGCGGUGCCAGUCUCUACGAACGAGCGACCGCAAUGGCAACAACGCCAGUCUUCGCGUCGCUAG